AUGACCAACCGUAAGCUUGAGUUGGGUGGUGGACCUUCCUUCGCCGUGUUCAAGUACCUCUGCUACAAGCUAGAAGCUUUGAAGGAUCUCAGUGAACAACACUGUACUGUGGUCCCAGCUCUCCUCGCCUAUAAAGAAGGAAAGCAAGGCAAGGACGGCGUGGUUCUAGACGGCUACAUAACAAAUAUUGUGUGGGAAAGGGUCAGUGGGAAGCCACUUGAUACGGAUCAGUUCUGGAGGCCUGAAUCGGCGCAGUUACGCGAGGCCGUUCGCACGAAGUUCCGCCAUAUCUAG